AGUUUAGGAGUUUUCUUCAUUAAAUUUUUUUUGAUUAAGCCGCAAGUGUUGCGAUUAAACGGUCAUUGGUUGAAUGAAGAGUGUCUCUCCAUUCGUUGGUCAGAAAUAUCCAAUCCCGACGGCGUCCAUUGCAAGGAAACUUCGUGCUGCGUCGUCAUUGUACAUUUCUCCUAUUAGAUUUGUUUGAUUGGCUUAUAGAAUGUUGUCAAAAGACACUAGCUGUGUUCUUUGUAAAUAAACAUCACUUCUCUGGGAUUUAAACUUAGAAUUUCUUGUUUUUUAAAUGCUUAUGGAAUUUACCGAAGACAAAGCAAUAUGGCUCCUUGAACUCGUUCCAUUUUAGUUGUCAUAACCAUGAACGCGCGCCAAAGGCAUGUGGUGUAUUCUUUAAUCUAGUGACUGUUUUGUAGUGUUGUGCUAGUGUGAAAACUCAUCUGUAGAUGCACACGUUUUAUAAAACAUCGAAUGAAACCCUUAAAUGGUCGAACAACUAUGAAAUCAUUUCGAAGCUAUUGUUUGUGUUGGAAAGUGGGUUGACCUCUACUAAGUUUAGUUAACAGGAGCGUGAAUACUGCACCAGCAAGUUCUUUUAAAAUAAGUUCUGAAAUUUGUAUUUUUAUCUCCUUCACGCUUGUAUAACAUUUUCGCUUCAUAUUAUUAAUAAUUUCAUUAUUCUAAAUAUGGAUACUCGUGUAAAAUUAAGUACACUGAAUCCGUACAUUUCCUGCUUCAUUUGCAAAGGUUAUUUAAUCGAUGCUACAGCUAUCACAGAAUGUUUGCAUACGUUUUGCAAAAGCUGUAUUAUAAAAAGAUUGCAAGCGAAAGACGGAGGAAAUUGUCCUAAAUGCAACGUUACAAUACAUCGCAGUAAUCCCCUGCAUGGUAUAAGGCUAGAUAGAACUAUGCAAGAUAUUGUUUAUAAACUAGUACCGGAUUUGCAAUAUAAAGAGGUUAUACGAGAAAAAGUAUUCUGUCAAGUACAGGGUAUACCGUACAGGAAAAAACACAUGAUUGUUAUUAAAGACAGGAAAAUGAAAGUUUCUGAUUCCGAAUCUAGAACUGUUGAUGCCAUAACUGAGGACAGAGUUUGCAUUCAGUUAGAAUCCAACAACAAUGAGUUAAGACCACUUACGAGAAAAUUUAUUUGCUGUUCUUCCCGUACCACAAUUGCUCAUGUUAAAAAACUAAUAGCAAAAAAGUUAUUUUCAGAUUUACAAAAGUAUGGCUCUGUGGACAUUUUAUGUAAUGAUGAAAUAUUGGGAAAGGAUCAUACUUUAAAAUUUAUCUAUGUGACUCGAUGGAGAUCCAAAAAACCACCUUUGAUGUUGUAUUAUCAACCUCGUAUUGACAUUCUUGGUUUGAAUGAACAAUAACAGGAGCUUGAACUGUAAUAACAAUUUUUGGUGAUAACAUUGUAUGAAUAUAAAAGUUCGAGCUUCCUGUUGAAAUCAAAAGAUUUUUAAGACGCUGUUGAGUUAUUGUCUCAUCAUGAAUAUAUAAUGAAAUAUUUGAGCUUACUGUUACCAACAUAAAAAAUUUAUCGUUUAAACUGUUACAUCAUCAUUAUUGUUAACAUCAUUGCAUUCUUUUUAUAAAGCACAGCAGCUUGCAAGUGUUCAAGUUGUAACAAAGAUUUUUUGCAUUUUUAACUCUUCAUGAGAACAUUUACUGAAAGUGGAAUAAAUUUUUUUUUUUUUUGAAGGCUAAUUUUCUCUCUCUUGCAAGUUAAUUUUUAAUGCAUUUAUAUUUAAAGAGUGUGAACCAACUAGUUUCUUAAUGUGAUAAUGAUUCUAAAAGAUGAGGAAAUAUUAUAAUUUUGAAAUAAUUUCAAGUUAAGAAUAUUUUCGGAAAAAUAUUUUUUCUUUUGCAAUUUUCAUUAUAGAUAAUUAAUAUUUUAUCUAUUUUGUCUUAAGCUUUUUUAGUAAAUAUAUUUGAUGAUUAAUAAAACUUAAUUAUCUAAGUUUCUAGCUAUUUUAUUUAUUUUAUUGGUGCUAUUUAUUCUAGUAUUUGUAUUGCUUUGUUAAUAUUAAUUAUCCUGUCUUUUAUUUCUCUCUGUAUUGACAUGUUUAUACUUUAAAGUACAUUUAUUAGUUUGAAAUAAUUAUGUUUACAAGUUUUUUCCUAAAUUCCAGCUUUGUUAAGAUAACUCCAUAUUAGUCAAAUUGCAUCAUUUAAAAUUGUGUUGUAGUAAUGGUAAAUAUUUACUGUAAGUAGUACCUUUGAAUCUAAACUCAGGAAGUCAUAAUUGUAAUUUAGUUGCUGGAUUUUCAUUUAGUUAAGACUAAAAUAAAUACUGUCCUAUAGUGUCAUACUUAAAAGUAAAUAAAUAUUUUUGGUUAGCUGAUCACAAGUAAGAAGUCACCAAACAAUGUGAUCAACUGCCAACUUUUUAUUUAUGUAAA